GUAAAACAUGAUGUUUGGGUGCUUAAUUUGUAAAAUCAUAACGUAAUUUGACGUUUAAUAGGCUUUUCCUUAAUCCUUCCUUAUUAUCCAAAAUUUUCACUUAUCCAACGUUCUGCCGACCCGUUUAUGUUGGAUAAGUGAGAUUCCACUGUACUUGAAUCAGAGUAAGAAGCAGGAAGGAGGCUGGUGUGUAGGGGUGUGGGGGAGAACAAGCUUUUAGUGUUAGCCAGGAAUGUAUGAUUGCAACAUGCACGUUAUACAUUAUCCAGGCACUGUAGUUCUUUACUUAAAUUUUGAACUUUGCCCAGUGUGAUAACUUUUUUGUUAUGCUAAUCCUGUCUUUGUAGGAAAAGCCACAGUUUAGCAGUAGAACAUAUAGUCUAAAUUUUAAGAAGUCUUAGAUCUAGUCUCUAAUCAUGGGGCCACUGCCAGUAAGCAUAGACAAGUGUAAGCUGAAUUCUGCUUCAGUUUAAGGCAACUUCCAACAUUGUUUGCUCCUUUACAAAAUGUGAUUAUUUCCGAUAAAAUUUUAAGCUUAUCCAGGCAGCAUUUCACAGUAUGCUCAUACUGUAUUUUAGCCCUUAUAUAGGUUAGUAUCUCCUAAAACAGACAAAUAGUAAGAGCAGUGUCACAGACUCCUCUUAAAGAGCCACACGCAAUAAGUAAAUUUAGCAAAUGUUUAUUAAAUGAUAAGUUGAACUCAGAAACACUUAACUUCAGUGUUUCCACCAAAAGUAAACGUCUUUGCUUCAAGAAAAGGCACAAAACAGGAACAGAAAGAUAACCCGGAUUAUCUAGUUUGAUAAUCUGGUUCAAAUGUAACCAAAACGUUCACUGAAACAAGUGCCACGCUAUGCUGUGGCACAGAGAGUCAGGGAAGCAGCAAACGCUCUUAAAUAAUAGGAGCAAACAAUACCGUUGUCAAAAGCCAAGCCAAGUUCAAAAGCCAAAGGGUGCCAAAAACACCAAGCCAGGAGCAAACACUGUCGUCGUCAGGAAGCAGACCAGAUUCAGAAGCCAAAGGGGAGCCAGAAACGCCAAGCCAGGAGCAAACACUGUCAUCGUAAGGAAGCAGACCGGAUUCAGGAGCCAGUGGAAGCCAGAUACUCCAAACCAGAAACACCAAGUUGGAAUCGCCAAGCCAGGAGCAAAACGCUGUCGUCAGGAGCCAAACUGGAUUCAGGAGCCAGGAACGCCAAAGCAAGAACAAACACUGUCGUCAGGAGCCAAACUGGAUUCAGGAGCCAGGAACGCCAAGCCAGAAACACCAAGUCACGAACGCCAAAGCAGGAAUCAAUCCGGAUUCAGAACACGAAGCUGUACAGCCAGGACCCAAGGAGAACAGGCAGCGACAAAACAAUUUCCCAAAAACGACACCUUGCCUUCUGCAAGGGACCUUCACUUUCAAUUCCACUUUUAACUUACACCUCGGAGUCUGAUGAUGAUGAGGCCUCCGCCCUGUCAUCAUUAUCCACAGCUGAUCUUGAUCUCAUAUGUGAACCUCGCCCACCAGCCCUCCAAUCACUCCAUCUUUGUUCAAGACUUAGAUCUCCCCAUGUCUCUGGUGUACCAGUAGCAUGCCAGUCUCCCGAUGCACCCUCAGAAACUGGUGCUGCACACACAUUUACUUGAGUCCAACCUGCAGCUUCUUCCAUCCCACUCUCAGACCCAUCAUCCCCAGAAAAAUCUUCAAACGUUUCAUCUUCCGUGGGAACAGAACCUUUUGGACAGAGACACUUUUUCAAAAUCUGAUCCCAUCUGUGUUUUAUAUACCCAAGGUAUGGGGAAUAAAGAAUGGAGAGAGUUUGGGAGAACAGAAGUAAUCGAUAAUACACUGAACCCAGAUUUUGUAAGAAAAUUUAUAAUGGAUUACUUUUUUGAAGAGAGGCAGAAUCUGCGAUUUGACUUAUAUGAUGUUGAUUCAAAGAGCCCAGACCUGUCAAAGCAUGAUUUCUUGGGGCAAGUGUUCUGUACACUCGGAGAGAUUGUUGGGUCACAAGGAAGCAGAUUAGAAAAGCCAAUUUUAGGAAUUCCUGGGAGGAAAUGUGGAAUAAUAAUACUGACUGCAGAGGAACUGAACUGUUGCCGGGACGCUGUGUUGAUGCAAUUUUGUGCAAACAAAUUAGACAAGAAAGAUUUCUUUGGAAAAUCAGAUCCCUUCCUGAUAUUUUUUCGCAGCAACGAAGAUGGCAGCUUUACAAUUUGCCACAAAACAGAAGUUAUAAAGAAUACAUUAAAUCCAGUGUGGCAGGCAUUCAAGAUAUCUGUCAGAGCGCUUUGUAAUGGGGAUUAUGACAGAACAAUUAAAGUGGAGGUGUAUGACUGGGAUAGAGAUGGAAGUCAUGAUUUUAUUGGAGAAUUCACAACGAGUUUUAGAGAAUUGUCCAGAGGACAGUCACAGUUUAAUGUGUAUGAGGUAAUAAAUCCAAAGAAAAAGGCAAAAAAGAAAAAAUACAUUAAUUCAGGAACAGUAACAUUACUUUCCUUCCUAGUGGAAACAGAAGUUUCAUUUCUUGACUACAUUAAGGGCGGGACUCAAAUCAAUUUCACUGUGGCUAUUGAUUUCACAGCUUCAAAUGGAAACCCUGCACAUUCAACCUCACUUCAUUAUAUGAACCCAUACCAGCUGAAUGCCUAUGGCAUGGCAUUAAGGGCAGUAGGAGAGAUCAUUCAGGACUAUGACAGUGACAAAAUGUUUCCAGCUCUAGGGUUUGGUGCAAAACUGCCUCCAGAUGGAAGAGUAUCUCAUGAAUUUGCCUUGAAUGGAAAUCCUCAGAAUCCUUAUUGCAAUGGAAUAGAUGGUGUAAUGGAAGCAUACUACAUGAGUUUAAAAUCAGUACAGCUUUAUGGACCUACAAACUUUGCUCCUGUUAUCAACCAUGUAGCAAGAUAUGCUGCCUCAGUAAAAGAUGGCUCCCAGUAUUUUGUCCUUCUCAUUAUUACAGAUGGUGUCAUUUCUGACAUGGCUCAAACUAAGGAAUCCAUAGUGAAUGCAUCAAGGCUUCCAAUGUCAAUAAUAAUUGUGGGAGUUGGACCAGCAGAAUUUGAUGCCAUGGAGAAAUUGGAUGGUGAUGAAGUAAGACUGUCUUCAAGAGGAGUAUAUGCAGAAAGAGAUAUUGUACAGUUUGUACCAUUCCGGGAUUACGUUGACAGAAGUGGAAACCACAUAUUAAGUAUGGCCAGACUUGCUAGAGAUGUGUUAGCUGAAAUCCCAGACCAAUUUCUCUCCUACAUGAGAGUCAGAGGAAUCAAGCCAUCUCCUGCACCACCUCCAUAUACACCACCUAUUCAUGUAGUGCAGACUCAGAUAUGACCACACCAGAUGCUUAGUGAUUUUCACAAACCAAAAGCACGGCUAAAGAAGUGCUAGAGUACAGUGAUGCACGUUGAUGGGCCAACAAGCUGUGGCCAAGUCUUCAACUUUGUAUGCAGCAGGAGAUUAUGGUAGGCUUUGGAGCAAAAUAAAUAAAUCUUCAUAAACCAAAAUGUCAAAUCUGGUUGCAUGCGCAACUGAGCAGCUUUUAUGUAUGAGGAGCAAAAUGGUGGUGUCUGUUUGUGAGUUCUUGUCUUUUUAAUUUCUGACAGAAAAGGCUAUUGUCACAUUUCUGGAGAAAGCACAAAUCACAGGUUCUAUUCAGAAGUCCUUUGUUUUUCCUGAUUUAUAAUGUACAUACAAUGUGAAUGCAAUUCAUAUGUAUCAAUGUUUACAUGUUACUACUUUUCAGAAUUAACUACUUUUUUAUAAUUAAUCAUAAGAAUUUGGAAUAUCAAAAUGUCUUCUAUCUUGCAAUAGUAAAAUCCACAAGAGAAGCAAUAUCUCUGAUUGUCCAGACAAAUACGAAUGCCGAACUAAGGGUGGAAUGUAGGCAGGAACGUGGGACAAAUGCAUUCAUAGGUCUUGAUAACGGAAACACCUCACCAAGUGCUCAGUUAAGAAUGCAUCUGAAAUAUUUGAGAAUAAGCUUCCAAAAUGUGAAUAUUGUAAAAUAUGUAUUUUUCCGAGGAAUUACUGUUACUGAAAGAACUUGUGUUUACAUUUUUUUAAGACUGACUAUACUGGCGAAAUAAAUUUGAUCAACAAAGUGUAAUCCUAGAAAAUGGCUGCAUCAAAUGACUUUUGAGUCCUAUAGCUGAGUUCGUGUAAUGUGUAGAGUAGCUUGCAUACAGUAGAGCUUUGGCAUCAUAUUGUUUUCUGCAGGUGGGUAUUUUAUUAUGAGUAACAUGAAGUUCUUAUGCAAAUUGCCAUUUGAUGUGAAGUUUGUUUGUGUUGUGCACUCAAAGGGAUGCUGGCUCAUUUUGAGUUGGCUGUUGACGUUGUCACACUGCCACAUAGGCACACAAGUGGUGAUAUAUUAAUUAACGGAGUUAAACUUGCACAGCAGUGUUGCUUUGUGCACAACUUUGUGUAUAGAAAUACUCAAGUAUUUUCUGAUAUGCCUGUUCUUAUUCCAAUUAUCAAAUGUUUUUGCAUGUACAGUUUUUACAAAAAGUUCACAUUUUUGUGAGUAUUUGUGUCAAAACUUUAAAUUAGAACAAAUGGCCUUAAAUCUCACAAAUACUUUGGAAAUGAUUGUGAAUUGCCUUCAGAUACUGGAAAACAUGUUUUACUUUUGUGUCAAAGUUGUAAUUGCCUUGUACUGUGUAGCUCUUUUUUGGCACAUAACCAGUUUACUACUUUACUUACUACUAUAUAUAAUAUACGGAACAGUAUUAAAUUAAGGUGCAUUUUUAAGCAUGAAAGGUUUUUCCAACUUAGGAGAAAAUAUAUACACAUCAUCCAUAACGUAUUAGCCUAUGUAAUACAAAACUUUCCAUUUUAAAAUGUAUUAAAGGUCCUUAAAAUAGUCUCAAAUUUGAAAAUGCUUCUCUGAAUACUACAAAAAUUGGAUGCAGGACUAAUCGGGUCAUUCAAAAUAGCUCAGUGAUCAUUGAGUUAGCAAUUCUUGUUACAAAUAUUAAAUAUGCCAAACUAAGGCCCUUUCCACACAGCUGAAUAAAAUCCGACAUUAUCUGCUUUGAACUGGGAUAUAUGGCAGUGUGGACUCCAAUAACCCAGUUCAAAGCAGGUAUUGUGGGAUAUUCUGCCUUGAUAUUCUGGGUUAUAUGGCUGUGUGGAAGGGCCCUAAGGGUCUCCCCCAGUAGAACAGAUAAACCUGUUUCUGAAAUCUUGAAGGAGAUCUAAACCCAGUAGAAUAAACAAAUCCAUAGAGAAGACAUUAUAGAAUCAUAGAGUUGGAAGAGACCUCGUGGGCCAUCCAAUCCAGCCUCCUGCCAACAAGCAGGAAAAUCGCAUUCAAAGCACCCUUAAAAGAAAGCAGGGACAUAGACUUUGUCAAAUUCUGAACCAAACACCCCCUCCCCACAAAAGAAACAAAAAAUAUCUUCACCAAAUAUGAAAUAAUAUAGCAAAACUUCUUUUAGAAGGCUCCCAAAGAAUUUUUUCUGAGAUUACAUUUAAGUGUAUCAUCAAAAUCUAAAUUCUUAUUGAUGCUUUAGGUUACAAAAAAUUUGCCACAAACAAUUUUUUACAAUCGAUUAUUUCUGUUAGGUGAUCUCAUAACUAAAGUCACAUCAUCAUUUAAAGGUAUAUGUAGCAAAUUCUGUGUCAAGUAAGUCUUCUACCUCACUAAUCAACCUGCAAAAUUCUUCUUUAAACAUUUUUUUAAAAAACAGUUUUAGGAGUUGAUCUUGACCUGGGAAUUUCAGUACAACACUUGAAUCCCCAAAUGCCCUGGCAUUAACAUACGUUAUACAAUGUUUCUGUCUUGUCAAUAAUAACAGAUGUAACACAUGAAAUGAAAUAUUUUGAAUCCUUUAUUUGAAACAGCCUUAAUGGCUGGGUGUAUUUGAUUAAAGUACCACAGUUUAUUUUAACCAUGCUAGUUGCCUGCAUCCUUCUCCUGUUUAUUAUGUCAUUGUUUUUGAAAUGAAUAAAAUCUAAUGUGAUAUCCCGAGAA